CCUACCGAUUUGCUCGAACUUCUCAGUACAAACGAAUUCGAGGAAAUACUUGUGGAUUCGAGUGAUGAUACUGAAUUCACUCAGAAAUUAUGGGAUGCUUUGACGAAUUCGCCGAUGAACUCUGCUCUGUAUGACACAAUUCUUCAUUACCUCGCAACUGCAAAGUGCUUUCUGAAGCUCGAAGAGUUUUGGGCUCAUCUUGAUGUGGAUAAGACGUUGGAGUUCCUUAAAGGAAUCCAGUAUUACAACACGGUGACUUCACGGAUAGAGAAGAGCUUAGAAGGUGUAGAAGAUAUUCCCACAAAGAAGCGAGUUGUUCUGCGAACCGUCCCAUUGCUUGGAGAUAACGCUAUUUACGAUCUAAUGCGAUCUAUUUAUUACAAUUCUGAACAAUCAGCUGAAUUUGUUGAUAAGUUGCACCCUAACUUUCUUCGAUUCUACGACCUACCAUCGAUUUCGCAUUCAAGUGAAACUUUGACCGGAAGGCUGCUGAAAGCAAUCGAUGACCGAUCAUUUGCAGUUAUGUCAGAUGGCGUGAAGCGGUCCAUAGGAAGGUUUUGGGGGAUUUCAUCGAUUAUGAAAAAAUCACGCGAACUGCUACCUCUCAGAAGUUGUGGAAUGUGGUCUCUUGUAUGUCUCUUGUAUAUAACUACGCAUUACACUAAACACAUAGUAGUGAAUCUUCUUGAGGAGAAUACCAUAUCUGACGGUAUAGAGAAUGUAAUUCGUUCACCCUUUGAAGUGACUACGUUCACAAUGAUGGUGUUCGAUGAGUGCCACAAUGCUGUCAAGAAUUCGCCUUAUUCAAAGCUAUUGCGAUUCUACCAUCGGCUAAGUUUUUCUCAAAGAAUUCCUUCCAAGGCUGCUUUACCGCAGAUUAUCGGUUUGACUGCUUCGUUGGGUGUUGGAGGCAAAUCAACGGAAAAGGAUGCAGUAGCUCAUGUUAUUAGGCUUUGUGCAAUGCUGAACUGCAAGGCAAUCAGCACUGUGCGCAAAAAUGUGGGAGAACUGAAGAAAUUCUCACCUGAGGUUUUCGAUGAAAUCCACAGCUGCGGUGGUCAGAAUGACAGCGAGCGUUCUCGUUACCUCGGAACAAUAUGCGAAUUAAUGAAGAUAUUCGAGACCCAAUUGAACCUUAUCUACAUCAUGCCAUCAAACCGGCGCAAAGAGUCUCUCCUGACAAAGCGAACACUGCCGACGAUGGUAAACUAUAUCGUACGUAUACCAAAUAUGAGGCUGCACCUGAAGACAAAACAUCGCAGUAAUCUUUAUCGUGCAAUUGAAAUGUUUGAAGAUUUCUCAAGUGAGGAAUCUUUCAAGUUUCUUAACGAACAAAUGGAGUGGAGGAGUGCCUCGCUGACUAGCUUUUCACGUGAUCAUUGGAUAAAGUACUCCGAGAAGGCUGCGUGUAUGCAUUUACACAACAACAGUAGCAAAGAUUCCCGGACCAUAGUGUUCAUUAGAACACGCCGUGGUGCUUCUGCUUUAGCCGAAAUUCUCAAUAAGCAUCCUGUUAUGGUAUCAGAUGGAAUUCGAGUGGAAUGUAUCGCAGGCCUGAAUAAAGGAACGUGUGAAACGACGACAAAACGCGAACAAAUGGAGAAACUUAGAAGGUUCCGCGAUGGAGAAACUCGAGUUCUUGUCGCAACAUCGGUGGCUGAUGAAGGACUGGAUGUCGCCAAAUGCAACCUUGUUAUCAAGUACAAUUGCGCAACAAAUGAGAUUGCGCACGUACAGCGUAGAGGUCGUGGUCGUGCUGAAAAUUCGAGAAGCAUUCUCAUCACACAAAAUCUGAAGUUGGUAGAACAAGAGGAAAAGAAUGUUCUAAAAGUGCAAGAAGGUCUUACGGAGUUGCUACGCGAUAUUCAACGUGAGGACGCAAACGUUGCUCAGCGAAUAGCACUGCAAAAAGCAUCGGGAAAAGUGUAUAGGCUGUUAUGCAGUAAAUGUGAUGCUUUUCUCUGCACCUCCAACGAUAUCAAAACCUACAAGGGCACUCAGUACUGUGUCUGUGAUCCGUCAUUCUGGGCGAAAACUCGCCACGAAUUGGUGCGUGGGCAGCUGAGCACCACAGAGGAGAAGUUUGCUAUUGCAAAGCUGUGCUGCGUGAGUCCAAAUUGUGUAAAUGUCUUGGGAAGGAUCAUGUGUAUCGAGCAGAUAAUGAUGCCGGUUUUGUCAGCACAGGCGUGCGUAUUUGAAUACUACAAUGGAACUGAGCCUAUUCGAAGGACUGUGCGCAAAUGGAUCACUGUCAAGGAAGAAUUUUUCACUCCGGAUGAAAUUCGUAAUUACGAUUUAGCCGCCAUGAAUGAGGCAGCGGUUAGACCUAACAUCAAGUCUGAAGGAGUGGCU